UCUAUGAGAUAUUGUUCUUUGGUUAUUUCGGGAUGCAAAAACUCAUACACAAUAGAAUUGGGAAACAACCAAAAACAAGUUAACUAAUAUUGAACUGCAGUUAAGUCACGCUGAGGUUAAAUUGUGUUAAACUAUAGUUAAGUCUCGUUGAAGAUAUAGGCAUUAUGGGGCAUCAUCAUCUAGGAAUCAUUCGGCAAUGACUGGGACAACCGGUAUCUUCGAAGACAAUUGGUUGUAUGUAUUUUUUAAUUUUCAGCGAUGAGUAGGUCGUAACAUUUCAUAUACUGCUUUCUUAAACCGCUCUUCGAGUGCCAUACCAAGCGGAUACGAUCAGAUGUUUAAAUCAGAAAAUUGCAGAGAGAGAAAGGAAUAAUAUCGAGCUUCAAGUUUUAGAUUUUACUCAUUCAAAGUUGAGAGUUAUAUGCAGCUCUUAACUAACAAUUGUGUGUUCAGAAAUCAAAGAUGAAUUUCAAUUGCACAGAUCGCUGGAUGAGAGCCGAUGCAAAACUCAAAUCUUUAAUCCCAACUAUUCAGCAGCUUUAUUUAUCUGAGCUAGAUCUACCCAAGGAUCAGCAAAGUCCCAUUUUUUAUCAGUUGUUCAACGCCCUUAUCAGAGGUGCAGAGCUGUUAAAGAAAUGUGAGAAUAUUAGCCCUUUUAACCCCUAUCUUAGAUAUAGGUAUGCUCUGCAGAUCCUCCGCCUAGAGCAGGAGAUCCAGGGUUUCAUGGAUCUCAUGCCUGCGCAUAUAUUGCUAGACUCCAGAAAGCUUAAGCAAGAACUGCAAGAUUAUUACCAGGAGUUACAGCCUGCAGAUAUGAGUUCUAUGCUGAAAGAAUCCAUCUUCAAACAAGCUUCCCUGCUUACGUCCGAUCCCGCCUCUCCUGAUAGCAUGUUGCUUCAGCAAAUGUGUUUAGACGAUUCGUGUGAGAACGAGGGUUUUAAUCACUCAGUCCAUGGCAUUAUUCCUGAGAAAUCUCAAUUUUAUGUGGGAUUGGAGAAACCUAUUAGAGACUUGAAUAUGCUUUUGUUCCAGAAAGAGGUAUCGGUCGUUGGUCUGCACUGUAUUGGUGGUGGCGGAAAAACUACUUUGGCGCUGGCUCUAUGCAAUGAUGAUGAUAUUAAAGGAUAUUUUCAAAACGUGGUUUUCGUUACUGUAUCACAGUCCUCAAAUGUGAAAGGACUUAUAGAGACGAUGUGGGAUAAAAUUAUCGGAGUGAAGAGGCCUGAGUUCCAGAAUGUAGAAGAUGCACGUAUGCAGCUGCAGCAGCAGCUUCUAUGUCAAUCUAAAUCAACUCUGGUGAUACUGGAUGGUGUCUGUUCCAGAUCAAUCUUGGGUAAAUUACUAUUCGAAGGGAGAGGAUACAAGACCCUCAUAACAACAAGAGACAUUUCUAUUAUCCCCCAAAACUCCUGUACUAGACUGUAUCAAUUACCAUUGUUGGGGCAACGAGAUGCACAGUCUCUUUUCUGCUUCUGGGGUUUUGGACAGACAUCAAUUCCAACUAAUGCAGAUGCAAGUCUGGUUAACGAGGUGCAAACAGGAUGUAAAGGCUUGCCGCUUGCCCUGAAGGUGAUUGGAAGCUCUUUAAAUGGAGAACCUCGUGCAGCCUGGGAAACAGCAAAGAAGAAACUUUGCCAGGGGGAACCGAUAUCAGAUUAUCACAAAGAUGGGUUAUUAAGGUGCUUGGAGACUAGCAUUAGUUUUUUGGAUGACGUAGCCAGGGAAUGCUUCCUAGAUUUGGGGGCAUUUCCAGAGGACAAAAGAAUAUGUGCUGAUGCGCUGUUGCAUAUCUGGGUUUAUGUUCGGAAGCUGGAGUGGCAGGAAGCCUUUACCAUCUUGUGGGAACUUGCAAGUAGAAAUCUGUUUAAUCUAACCAGCAAUUCUAGGAGCGCAGCAGCAAUUUCUUAUGAAAAUGCAUCCGAGCUUUACUUUUCCCAGCAUGAUGUAAUGCGAGAUUUGGCCAUAUAUUUGGCAAGCCAAGACCAUAUAAUCAACAGGAAGAGAUUAUUUAUGCCUAGGAAGGAGCAAACUUUGCCAGGGAAAUGGGAGUUGCUUAAUGAAAGACCGUUUGAUGCUCAAAUCGUCUCCAUUCACACAGGUCCGAUGCACGAAAGCGAGUGGUUCGAGAUGAAUUUUCAGGAGACACAGGCCCUGGUGAUACUCUUUGCUGCAAGUGAAUUCCAUCUUCCCCCAUUUAUAAAAUCCAUGAAAAAAUUGAAAUUUCUCAUGGUAUGCAAUCAUAGUUCAAAAAGGGCCACGAUAGAGGGUCUAGAAGUCUUAUCUUCUCUCCCUCAUCUAAGGAGUGUUCGCUUAGAAAGGUUGGUUGCACCCAACCUUCAGAAACAGAGCAAUGCACUACACAACUUGGAGAAGCUGUCUUUAAGCUUAUGCGAAGGGUUUGGAAGUGCUUCCACAUUCGACUACCCCAAGCUGCAUGAUUUUAACAUGGAUCACUGCAGUGAUUUAGAGGAGUUGCCCCCAAAUAUCUGCUAUAUGCCUUCUGCUCACAUGUGGUCUAUUACCAACUGCCAUCAGGUUCACAAGCUACCAUAUGACCUUGGAAAUCUAAGCUCUCUAAGAGUGUUAAGGUUGUCAGCACUGCCAGACCUAAAAGAGCUGCCACCAUCAAUUGGAAACCUUGGGGAGCUGGAAUAUCUAGACAUUUCAGUGUGCGAGGCCUUGAAAGAACUUCCAGAGGAGAUAGGCCAACUAAAGAAAUUAACUGAGCUAGAUAUGAGAGAGUGUUCUCGUUUGAAGAGGUUGCCUAUAAGUGGUUGUGGACUGAUCUCUCUGAAACAUGUUAUUUGUGAUAAGGAGAUUAAGACGCAGUGGUUGUGGGCCAAGAAAAUUUCUAUUCCGGAACUUAGAAUUGAAAUUGUGGAAGCGCAAUUUAGAUCUGAUUGGAUUGAUGAUUGAACUUCUGCUCCUCGCACUCUUGACCAAACACAUCACAUUAUAUGGAUCUUAGUAGACGUACAUAUCAUAGUUUACAGGUAUCAUGACCCCAAAUUUCGUACAUUUCAAUUUUGAUGAAUACACUUGAUACUUCCUAGGCAUUGGGUUAUAGGCAAGCCACUUGAAAAACUUGGUUAGAAAAUAGGAAACGUUAUGCAUGCAUCUGAGUGUUAGGAUUGAAAAAAGCUCUGAAACCGACCUACAUUUUUCUUUACUGCAUUGCAGGAGUGUUUACUGGUAACAUGCUUUUAGCUGCAGCUUCUGUCAACUUUCUAAUUCAGAACCAAAUACCAUCAAUCAAAAAUAUACUACCUCCCUCCAUGAUAUUUUUAUGGUAUUUUCAUGAUCGUAUGAAUACAAACAUUUUAUUCAACUUAGAAAACA